AUGACCACGGCCCCAACUCGUCAAACACGAAGUAGACGAGACCAAGCUGCCUUUUCUUUCCUAUCGAAUAUCAGCCUUGGAACUGAGACUUCUUCAAUCACAACUACAACUAACUCUUCUACUUUUGAGCCGACACAUCGUCGGGUAACUACUGUUCCCGGCCAAUUUCAGUCCGAAGAAUUUGUUAAAAAUGAUGGCAGAUUUGAUAAAACACACGCUUCACAGAAUGGUAGUAUCCAUUAUAGCAAUAAUGGCAAAGAAAACAAAAUCAGUAACACUGCUAAAAAACCAAGUUUGUCAAUCGAUAUACCCGCAAAGAUUGGAAAACCUACACACUUUCCCACGUCUUUUUCAACCCUUGACCCGAAGGGAAAUUCUAAUAUUGAAGAUAAUAAUUACAAGAACACGGAAAAGAUUAGUGAAUAUGAGCAUCAUAUUCAUCAAGGAUUAAUUGUUGAUGUAGAUACUGUUCUUAGUCCUAACGGUUCCACGCUUGGAACUAUCGAUGAACUGCUGGAGGAUAAUAAUCAUACGAUGAUGUUAAAAAAUAAUAAACGUCAAAAUUCAGAGUACGUUGAAGAGAAUAGUUUGAGUGUGUCGAGUUUACCAGCAGCUUGGAAACAGCCUAGUUUUGUGAUGUCUGGGUCACCGGAGACAUCAGCUAUUGGAGGGAUUUUAUCCAUAUUGGGAUUUAAAGAUGACAAAAUUAAGCAGCGUAUGCGUCGCGACACUAUAAAACAAAAUAAUAUUAACAAUAAUGUAUCUGCAAAAAAAAGCGAGGAUGAAUCCUACGCUGAAUUAUUAAAAACCAGUGAUUCGUUACGUCCCGGGACAGAAACCAGCGCCUACAAUCCAUACUUCCUUGACGUUCCAGAAUUAAAGAUGGGCAAAAAACCCGGUAGAACUCUGCCGACCUUCAUGCACUCUUUUCUCCAACAAAAACGUUCACGAGAAGCCGAUCUAAAACGCGAACUGAACGCGAAAUUCCGACAAUUACACCCGGAUCUCGAUCCGUCUUUGACGUUGACUCAAAUUCGUGCUAUCAAGGAAAAAUUGUUGAUUGCUGCAAGAUAUGAGGAUCUUGAUCUAGAAUUAUCUACUGUUGCAAAAGCAUACGUGUACUUUGAGAAACUUGUGCUAAAGAAACUCGUUGCUAAAUAUAAUCGAAGGUUAACAGCCGCAAUAUGUCUAUUAUUGGCAAGUAAAGUCAACGAACCAAAAGAGACGUCUCACGCAAGUAUACUAGAGUCACUACACAAACAUCUAGAAGUUUCCGAAAAAGAAAUCAAAGAACACGAAUUCAGCGUGUUUGCGUCACUACAAUUCGAACUUUACGUCCCGCAAAAUGAGUUCAUGCCGCAUUUUCAUCGGAUAUUUGAAACGCUUAGUGAUACACUACUACAACAACAAAAAAAUAAUGACUUGGGAAGCCAGAAUUACUCCGUCGCUUCCACACAAAAACAGAUAACACAUCGUAAUACAGAAGUGCUUUUUAACAAUUACAAUAACUAUAAUACACUACCACGAGAAUAUAACCUGAGUGAAAGAUUUGCCAAUCUCUUUCGACGACAAACAACAGUUUCCGCAACGACAACGACACCGCCAUCGUUUUCAGAAAAGACUGCUGCGGGUAUACUAUGCGAAAAAAAUUCUAUUGUGUUUGUCAUUAGUGAAGGUGUUAAUUCAUCAUUGGUCUUCGAGAUAUUUAUCUUUUCUUCCUUUGGUCGUGGUGAAUUGGAUAAAUCAAAAAGCUUAUUACAUCGCAUCAUUGCUUAG